GUAAUUUACCAUAUAAAUUGGUUAUUACAAUGAUUUUAAUUCAUAUACCAGAUACAUAAAUUUGUUUUGUAAUAUAGGAAGUCUUAUUGUGGUAACUGUUCUAGAGCAGUGAGUCUGCGUACUGCAAACAAUGGCGGCUGACCGUGCAUCUAAUCAAAUGGACAAUUGCGACAGCAAUAUAGAUAAGGAAUAUGCGACGCUAGUUGGCACUGAUGAUGAAGACUUCACCUACGUCCCUCCAACGGCAAGCUGGUUCCGCAAUUUUGUCAAUGCCAUAUUCCCAGAUGGACAGCCGCCUUUAUGGCUGGCUUUGAAUUUAUGCCUCAUAUUUGCCUAUACCGUGUUCAAUGUUAACAGCUAUGGAGGUGAUGAACAAGUGAUUCGACCUCAAGGAGGUGACCAGAUAAACUAUUCGGUGAAUGUAUUAUGGUGCCUCCUAUUUAUUUUAGCUGGCAACUGUGUCAUGUACCUUUGUAUGAUGAUAUUUAGAUUCAUCCUACUCAAGUCGCUGCUAUACCUAAGGAUGGCAAGAUAUGCCUAUGUAUUUGCUACUAUCAGCAUGUUAGAUCCAUGUAUAUUCUAUGUUAUGUGGGCUGCUACUCAGGCAAUAGUAUGGCAGAUUUUAGUUGCGAGACUUCAAAAUCAAGAUGCACUUUACAUCAUCGAUUCAUACUUGUUAAGCGAAUAUGUGAAGAAGCACUUAAUUUUUAAGGAAGAAGGGCUGGUUUGGGUAUCAUGUGCUGUCCACGUACACCUUAUCCUUGGUAUUCGUUGCAUGGUGCUUUCACUGGUCUCGUUCGCUUUUGAGUUGAAUUUGUUAGUCACUUCCAAUGAAGCUCUGAAGCGCUACCUACGUCUGUGUGCCAAUAUAAGGAAGUUCAAUAUCGACUGGUUGGAAUUGGUUAUGUCCCGACCAGAAAUUGUAGAUCGUAUCACGAAGGCGUUCGCUUGCAAGAAUGUUGGCAACAAGCUGUCACCAAUCAUAGAGCGAUGCAAUCCAAGCAUAUAUGAUUUCCACAGUGCAUUUGCAUUAAGGAUCCUUAACGAGUCGCACGAUGUUGCCUAUAUGCAGUACUUCAACUCCAAUGAAGACCUUAGUGUACCCUCGGAUUCAGCAGAUGCUUUGGUAGAGCAAUCGUCCAAUUCAACGUUGUCCAACUGGCUACUUAUAUGUUAUGUCAUGAGGGUACCCCCUGUGAUAUCGCUCUUGUGCCAAGAUGUUGCACUGCGUGAUGUUAACCUGGUGCCACAGUGCGCGUCUAUGCUUUUUGAGCAGAUGUAUUUCACACUUAUCAAGUCGAUGUCAGUACAACCAGAGGAUCGUGCUUUAAGUAGUGCCAUCACAUCCGGAGUCGCCGUAACACCCGAGGAUGCCAAAGGCAAAAUAUCUGAAGAUCCAAACUCAUCAGCAGAAACUGUGUCGGGGCCUGUUGAUACUCCAGUGGUGACAGAAGCGCAAAAGGAUGCAACCCCCCGCGACCAGAAGAGCAGUGCUCGGGAUAAUGUCAACAGUGAUGCCAAUAACCCACCCAGUGCCAGGGCAGUUGACACACAAUCGCAACAACCGUUGGGAACUAAUGAAAAUAUUACGGCAUCGCAACCUGCUGUAAAACCGGCGUCUAAAUCCAGAAACAAUAGAUUGGUCUCAGUAAUGAAGAUCAAUGAAUUCAGAAACCAAAUGCACCUGACGCUAACAGAGGGCGCCAAGGAGUGUAGUACAAAUGCCAUUGCAAUGGCCGAUUAUCAAUUUAACUCCGUAAAGGAUCAUGAUGAUAGGUUCAUCUCCCUAGAUGAUAUGAGGUCGUUCCUUAAUCCGGAUGAAGCAGAUACCAUCAUGAGGUUACUGGAUCUGUCAGGACACGGAAGGAUUAACAUGUCAAUGCUACAACAAACUUUACAGAACCUAUAUACAGCACGUAAAAAAUUCAAGAAUAUCAUCAAGGGGCAGGAUAGUAUCUUCCGUGUGCUUUUAAGGCUACUCUCAUGUGGUACCUGGAUAUUCGCUGUUGUAGUUAUGGCAUUCCUAUCCGGAAUCACAGCGGAGGCCAUUGUAGUAUCAGGAGCAGCACUCAUGUCGGCACUCACAGUGGCACUCAGCUACCUGUAUACCAAUUUCAUGACGUCAGUCAUCUUUGUGGCGAUAUCAAAUCCCUAUAAUGUGGGCGACCGUGUUCGCCUUAAUGACGGAGAACCGCUCAUUGUCAAGAAAAUCAGGACCUACACCACCGAGUUUGUAACCAUCCUGGGGAAAGGUCUGGUGUACCAAAACGCUACACUAUCAAGUAUGAAAAUAACUAACGAAAGCCGUGCUGUGCGCGCUACGUUCAACUAUGACUUCCAUGUAGAUACGGAGACUACGGAAGAACAAUUAAGCAACCUAGGCGAUUACCUGGUCGGUGUUUGUAACUCAAGACCAAAUGAUUUCGUCAAAAAUGGGCUCUCCAUAUACUAUGUUGAGGUUAACCCUGGACAUAGCUUGAAGCUAAGCAUAUGGGUAACCUGCAUCGAAGGAUGGGGAAAUUGGCAACGUAUAUUCCAACUGCGUAGCGAUAUUAUGGAAGCCACAAUGAAACACUGCAGGGAAAACAACAUCACAUAUACACUACCUGCACAACCUAUCGUAUUCCACAAAACGCCACAUCGACGUGGUGGACCAAGACGCCAUGUCGUACAUCUCAACAAACACACAUAAACUGGAAUCCAAUAUUUUGUAUAGUAUUUCAUUAA